UGACCCCGCGCGACCCUGGGGCGCAAAGAAAAGGUCAAGGUCGUAUGUGGAAAGAAAUAUGUGAAACGUUGUUAUUUGUAAUGAUCGACGUAAAAAUGUGCGUAUUGCCUACGGGAGGACACACAGAAUGACCGUCCGUUAAUAACUGACCGGCAACAACCCCUGUUGUCUCCAUGUUUGUGAAGUGUUGGAUUGAUGGAAGGCAGCAGGGCUGAGAGGGAGACACCCCAUGCUCCAUGCCGACACCUGGUGUCCUGUGACCCGGACCUUGACACAGCUGUCCACUUGCUACAGCUGAGAGACUCAGACUUCCUCAAGGUCGCCCUGCAAAACGUCAACAAUCACGUACCGAUCAACAAUCACGUACCGGUCAACAAUCACGUACCUAUCAACAGAUUACAUCGACUUGAGGUUGACAAUGCAGGCCACAACAAGAACCUGUGCUUGGACACUGGUAAUCUGCGACCUGUAGAGGGCGCUGCUGCCUUGGAAGACACAGGAAGUGAUGUCACAGAGAGAAACAACAAUCAUGUGUGUGUGGAGGAAUUAGUCGAGAUCGUAGACAAAACAUCCAUUUUCUGUGGUGAUUUGCAGAAUGAAGGCAACGGUGAUGGUAAACGCCUUGAACACAGAAUUACCAUAGAGGAGCCGCUUUCUGGGCAACAAUCAAGUAUUGGAAUUCAUGUUGUGAACUUUGACAGUUCAAAUGGAAAUGUAACCAAACAACCUCUUGCUAGGAAGCAGCUAUCAAGGAGUAACAGCAUCAAGCUUUCUUGUCCGGACACUUCUUACACAAGGUCAUUCAUAAAAAGCCUUCGCUCGGAUGAAUCAGGUGACGGGAGUAGACUUAAGUCAGCCGUGGCCGAGCCAUCGUCCAGCAUCCGCGUGUUGCACCUGGAGGACUCUGGUCUUCCCGCCUCCCCCUGUUACUCCGGCAGUGACUGUGAUGUUGCGGAGCAGGGCGGUGGCGAGGGCGGGGACAACACUCCUAGGGUGUCAUGCAUGAGGUACCUCUCUGAUCCUUCGCCUCUCCGAGAAUGGUCUUCUGCCAUGAUUGGACGAACUAGCAGCAGCCUGAGCGAAGGGCUCCAAGACAUGAGCCUGUCGACCUCCCCCAGUAGCGAUGAGGCCACAAGUCAGGACAAGCAUCUGUGCAUGCACCAGUCGAACCCCGACAGCGAUGACCCUCGAUCUCCUCCUCCGCAGCGGAUGAUGUUGUUCCAGACAGCGAAUUCCUUCUGCUACGGUGAGAACGACCCUCCACCAGAAAUAUCCUACCCCCCGAAAUGUAGUUCCUUCCCCCUAAGAUCUGACCUGGAUUUGUGUGAGAGUGUGUCCCAGGCGUCUCAGUAUUAUCCCAACAUUGUGAAUGGGAAUGACAGUUACACACAGAACCAGUAUAAGAACAUCGCCCACCAGUACCUACUGUGUCCCCUGGACGCCGUGCAUGAUGAAACCCACCACCCCACCAGCGUUCAGUGCUGGGGACAUUUCUCAAGGCCGCGGCGCCACUACAAAUAUCGUCGUAGUGACUAUUCCAGUGAAAGUGAGGAUGAUGUCCCAGCGCGGUCCUCGGCGCCGCAGUCCCGGGUGAGUGCUAGGGCGCAGAAGUCGCACCUGGCGGUCGGCAAUCUGCAGCGGAGCCUCUCCCUGGGCACAGCUUCCAAGUCGGAUGUGGCGGACGACAUAGACUCCACUGAUGGCCUGGACUUCAGGGAAGGAGUCAAGCCUUGUGUGUUCAAAGAGAAGUUAGCUGCCAUGAAGAGAUGGUUUGCAGAUUUCAGUGAUGAGCAGAAGAAUAUAGUUUUAAAAAGUUUAUUGAGUGGUUGUGACCUGCCUCAGAUUCAUCUGUUGUCUGUGAAGAUGGAGGCCAAUCUCCACCGUGGCUGCCCCCCGAACUGCCAGGACAUCAUCACCUGGUUGCCUAGUUACCUGGCUGCCAAGAUCAUGUCCUACCUAGAUCCAGUGAGUUUAUGUCGGUCGUCACAGGUCUGUAAAGUGUGGCAGCAACUUGCAGACGAUCCGUCGUUCUGGCGCAGAUUCUGUUGUCAACCGAAAUGGCGAUUGUCAAAGGCAGCAGAACACAAGCAAGUCAUCAGUCAUAUGUCUGUGGAAGGCAGUAUACAGUGGAAGAAUGUGUUUGCUGAGAGAUUCCGGCUGAGGAACAACUGGCUGCGAGGUCGAUGUACAGUCCGCACAUUCGAGGGCCACACGCAAGGUAUUUCGUGUGUACAGUUUGAUGACACUCGUAUUGUGAGCGGAUCGUCCGACAAGACGGUAAAGGUUUGGAAUAUUCGCACUAAUGCACCCUGGUCCGUGCAGACGCUGGUAGGACACAGUGGGACAGUACGGUGUCUCCACCUGGAGGGAAGCAGACUCGUCAGUGGCUCCAGUGAUAAAACCAUCAAGGUGUGGGACCUGUCGACCCGGGACUCCUGGUCAAGCAUUGCCUGCAAGGUGACAAUGAUCGGACACACGGACACCGUCCGAUGCCUGCAGGUUGAUGACGACAAGGUGAUCAGUGGCUCGUAUGACAAGACACUCAAGGUGUGGGACCUGAAGACAGGCAGCUGUCGGAGGACACUACGAGGUCACCAGGCAGCAGUAUUAUGUGUUCACUUCAACGAGAACAAGAUUGUGUCGGGGUCCUGUGAUAACACCAUCAAGGUGUGGAACUACCAAGGCGUGUGCAUGAUAACGCUGUCCGGCCACCAAGAUGCUGUCACAUGUCUGCAGUUUGAUGCUACUCGUAUCGUCAGCGGCUCCCUUGACUGUAACCUCAAGUUCUGGGACAUCCACAGCGGCGAGUGCAUCAACACCAUCGACUGGAAGGCUGCUGAAGGCCACACAGGAGUUGUCAGAUGUCUGCAGGCUGAUAGUUGGCGGCUGGUCAGUGCAGCUGAUGACAAGACCAUCAAGGUGUGGAAUCUGGAGACAGGCCAGCGACUUGUGACCCUGCAGAACCACAAAGAUGGAGUGACCUGUCUGCAGUUUAAUGAUUUCAUCAUUGUGUCAGGGUCGUAUGACAAGACUGUGAAGCUGUGGGACUUCAGUUGCUGCUAG